CAACGACCUGCUGCCGGUGGUCGGGGUGGGACAGCGGGCCGAGGUGGGGCGUCCCGUUAACAGGGUAGAAUGGAGGGCGCCGGUUCUACUCUACUGAUUGGGGUUUGGUUGCCUGGCCAAGUUCUGAGCAGAUUUCCAUUUUCCCACCUGGCCCUUUUAAGCGGAAUCAUUUAUAUGAUGGUGCCGGAUAGUUGAACGGAUCCGCGGAAGGAAAACACGGCUGAUUGAUCUGCACGUUCUGACUGACUAAUUUCAUCACGCCUGCUUCUGACACAGGCGCUGGAAGCAGUCAGCAUUUUACUGAACAUCCUUGGGAUCCAGUCGGCCAUGCUUAAAUGGAACCAACUUUUGCAGCUGUGAAGACUCAAGCUGAGUUGUGCACUGUAUAGCACCUAUUCCAAAAGGGACCACAGUCAUGAGCGGGGGAGGCGAGCAGCCUGACAUAUUGUCAGUCAGUUUUCUAGUAAAAGAACGGUGGAAAGUGUUGAAAAAGAUUGGAGGUGGGGGCUUUGGUGAAAUCUAUGAAGCUGUGGACUUCUUGACCCAGGAAAAUGUUGCUCUCAAGGUGGAGUCAGCCCAGCAACCAAAGCAAGUUCUCAAAAUGGAAGUUGCUGUUUUGAAGAAACUGCAAGGGAAGGAUCAUGUUUGUAGAUUUAUUGGCUGUGGAAGAAAUGACCAAUUUAACUAUGUUGUUAUGCAGCUGCAGGGGCGAAAUCUUGCAGAUCUACGUCGCAGCCAAUCACGCGGUACCUUUAGCAUCAGCACUAUUCUACGACUGGGGAAACAAAUUCUUGAAGCAAUAGAAAGUAUUCACACUCUAGGCUUCCUUCACAGAGACAUCAAACCUUCAAACUUUGCAAUGGGCCGGUUUCCAAGCACCUGUAGAAAAUGUUUCAUGCUGGACUUUGGUUUGGCACGACAGUUCACGAAUUCCUGUGGAGAUGUUAGACCUCCUCGGGUGGUGGCAGGGUUCAGAGGCACAGUGCGCUAUGCAUCAAUUAAUGCACAUAAAAACCGGGAAAUGGGCCGACAUGAUGAUCUCUGGUCCUUAUUUUACAUGUUGGUGGAAUUCGUUGUUGGGCAACUACCGUGGAGGAAGAUAAAGGAUAAGGAACAAGUAGGCCUAAUAAAAGAAAAAUAUGAUCACCGCCUUAUGUUGAAGCAUCUCCCACAAGAAUUUGCUUCAUUUCUGGAGCAUGUCCUCUGUUUAGAUUAUUUCACAAAACCAGAUUAUCAGUUGUUGAUGACUGUGUUUGACAACAGCAUAAAAGCACAUGGGGUUGUUGACAGUGAUCUUUUUGACUGGGAGAAAGCUGGGAUGGAUGGAUCUUUUACUAUGAUAAGCACCUCUACUACUCCUCAGCUACAUACACGGCAGACUCCUGCUGCUCUUGGAAUUGCUAAUGCUUCACUGGUGCCAGGAGAUCUGAUGAAAGAAAACACUGAUGAGGUAUUGCAAGAUGAGCAGCUCAGUGAUGGGGAGAAUGCUAUCCCAGGCAUAAUUUGCCCUGAAAGGAUGGCAGAGUCUCAAGGAUCUCAAAACCCACAUACUCCCUAUGUUGGAGAGAAGGAUGUUUGGGAAGAAAUGGACAUCAACAGGAACAAAAUGAAGACCUCUGGCUAUAAGGGGGUCACUGAGGAAGAGAGCAGUCAUGGUGCUGGAAAUGUGCCUCAAAAUGGCCCAAGCCUGGGAUCCCCUGUGAAGGUGCGCUCUGAGAUUUUGCAGCCAGAUCGGGAUUUGCGAUUGUUAAGGAAGUUGAAAUCAAUUCACAACUUUGAGUUUGAAAAACAUCUCACUUUGGAGCCAAAGCCUAGCACAGAUAAAUUCUUGGAAACUUGCUCCACAAAGGCCAAGGAAGACUUACUGAAGGAUGUUGCAGCUUCUCAGCCUCGGAAGGUCUCUGCUGUAGUUCGUACUGACAGAGUUUGGCACUUUGAUGAAGAAUACCUUCCAGACAGUACAAAGCCAGUCUCUUUGGGUACUCCUGAACGUGGGGAUGGUGUUGUUAGCAAUGGCUUUGUAGCUCUCAAUUUAAGCUCCUGCAGGCAGGAGGUUGACUCUAAGGAGUGGGUCAUUGUGGACAAGGAACGUGACCUCCAGGAUUUCAGAACAGAGGAACGCCAGAGCCAGAAAUUAACUAGUCCAACUGGACGAACAGAUGAUGAGGAGCCAGAAGUCCUUGCAGAUGAUUCUCCUCAGGCUGAAGGAUUACAGUUGGUCAAAACUAUUUCAAGCAAAAGCAUGGAAUGUCCAAGGUCACCAGAAGCAAGGAGAGAGCAGCUGAACACAACUCAUUUGCCACAUCCCAACACUCCAAGGAAGCAGUGUCCCUUCCGACCCCCAAGCCCUGUAGCAUUGUUAUCCUCAGAUUUGGAUCCACUUCACAGGAGGCAGUCAGAUUUGCACAGGAGCCAGUCAGCUGAGAACAAUUCACGCUCCCCUGGUCGCAGGCAGCUACCCUUCAUCCCAGGCAAUACCAAGCUGCCUUCUAUCAUUCGCAUCUCCAAAGCUCAGCUCCAACAGAUAACAGCAUCUAAGCCUGCAGUAAUGGCAACCCAGGCUGCCUUUGUGGUAACAGAUUGCAAUGAGCAGGGAGAGACUGAUCGACAUUCAAUAGAACACACCGCUAAUCAAAACCAGCAAGACCGUUUUUCAGAAGAGAAAUCAAAGCCGACUGUGGCUGUACAUAGCCUGUUGUGUAAUGGUACGGCCAGUACUGACCAUAAGCUAGAACUGGACAAAGGUACAAUUCAAAGGGAAGAGGCUAUCAGGACUGGUAAAGUAGGAAGCAAUAACCAAGGCAAGAUAAUUGCAAAAACUGGUGUCCAUUCUGAGCACAACAGAGAUGACUCUUUCAAUUCAGCUCAAGAAGUUGAAUUUAAAGACAGCCAAAUGAUUUCUAGGGAUGGAGGAAUUCAUCCUGAUGAAGGCCAGAACUCUACAGCUGAAGGUGAACCCUUGCAGAAGCAGCAACAUAUGAGUGAUAAAUGUUUGCUCUCAGCACAACUAGGGAGCUUGAGUUCUGUGCAAAAACACAAAGAGAUUAAAUCUUCUGUUGAUUGCUUUAAUGAUAUAGCUAGUCCAAUCACAACUGGUGAAGUGCUUUCAGUCAAAGAUGGGGAUGCUUUAUUUAAGUCAGUGGAAUAUACAAAUCUUGUAAUAGAUGGGUUUAAAGAUAAACUUCAUGACCAAGAAGAAAAUGGCUUUUGUAAGUGUAUUGAAGGUGAGACAGAUAAGGAACUACCUGAUUCUAGCAUUUCGUAUGAACGUGUAAAGGAAUUGCUUCAUGCUGCAGUAUCAGAGCAAGAAAACUGUGCCAAUAAUGUUAUAACUGAUGGGUGUGAAGUGGGCUACAUUUCUGAGAUGAUGCAGAGAAAGAUUCAGGAACAGAGCAACCUUUCAGAACUAAGUGGAUUCAGAAAUGGAGAUUUGAUUCACAUCUUAACAGUUGGUGACAAUUCACUCCAUACCAAGAAGGUUGAAGGCAAACCUUCCCUUCUCCGGCAAAGCCGCAUCCCAGUGCUUGCAUCUGAUGCGGAAAUUACCUCUGAGUCAUCAGCUCCUGUCUCAGCUAAAGAGAAACUCCUUCAAAAGAAGGCUCAUCAAACAGACUUAACAAGACAGUUAGUUGAAAAGAGACAACACACACUCAGAACGUCUCUUCUGGGUGAUCUGUCAUCUACUUCUGAAAAAUCCCCAGAAGAAAAAAUGUCUGUCCCAUCAAUGACUUUGUCAGAUGAUGGAAGCCCUUCUGGACCUUUGACAAAACCUGGAAAUGAGCUACAAUCGGACAAACAGACUGAUGAGGAAUCUCUUCUAACCAGCCUUCAGUCCCGAAGAAGUAAAAUCCCAAGACCGGUUUCAUUGACCAACACAGAACAAGCCCCUACUUCAACAUCAGCCCAAUUAGUCCCAAGGCCACCUCCAGGCAAGCCGCCAACUAGACCAAGUGUGGAGGUCCGGUUACGACGAUACAGAGUUGUUGGAAGUGGUAGCUCCGACUCUGAUCUACUAACCCAUCUUGCUCAAAUCCUUCAAAAUGGAUCCCAAAAGACCAGAAGCCCCCCACAAUCCAAAAGCCCACAAUCUCCUCGAAGUCCCAAAACUCCACCCAAAAGUCCAGUGAUCCCCCGACGGAGUCCUAGCGCUUCGCCAAGAAGCACCUCACUGCCACGCACUGCCAGUUCCUCCUCUUCACGUGGCCGUCCAUACACAGACCAGAGAAGCUCAUCACCACAUUUUGCUAGGAGCCACUCCCCUCCCAGUUACUCUGGGUCCUCGCCCUCCCGGAGAAGCUUUUUGCAGGAGCAUGGCUGUGGUAAACAGGGCAAAAAUAGCUUGAAGGGACCUGGGAGUCCUCACCACUUGUGUCAAAGCAAAUCCACAAAGGGAAAGUGCUCAGGCAGAGAUGGCAAAAUGUCAAGUAAACUCAGCAGAUAAUAAUUUCUACAGUCACUCUCCACUUGUUCUCCUCUCCACUACCCGAGUGCUCUCCCUCUUCGACCAACCCCCUUCCCCUACAUUCUCUCCCCGUUUGCAUGUUGCCCCAUAUUUAGAAAGUAUUUCUGACUGGACAAGAUCUUUGUGAUUUUUGAACAGAUACCGCUUUAUAUAAAAUUGAUAUAAUUGCACAGUAAUUAAUUCUGUGCAAUAUGCUGCUAGAUUUUAUUUUGGCUUCUGCUGCCUUGAGCUACUUGAGUAGGAAAUACUAGGCCAGUACUUCCACCUUUAUCUUGUGUACAGUGUCCUCCUUCAAGACGUGACCUUUCCUUGUGCCAUUUGCAAUUGAGGGAGACCUCAGGAUCAUAAUUAGUAGGAAGGCUGCUGUAGUAUUUUUAAUCGCCAAUGUUUUUGCCAUCUUUUUAUGAUAAUGUCAACUGUGAGUUUUUUAAUGUACAGUGUGUCUAGAUAUAAAUAAAAUUUAAGUAACUGAAUUGAUUCACGAUUCAUAGGAAGUAGUUAAAAUCAAAGUAGAGUGCAAAUGUUUGUUGCAUACUGACAUCUGACAUGAGUGGUGUAGUUUUCCUGUCUUAUAGAAUUAGAAGGCAAAAUCUCAAAUUACCUCUAUUAAAAUGAAAUGAAAUAUUAGUUCUUUGAAAAUGAGCAUGAAUAGUGAUGUGGUGGUGGCGGGUUAGG